UAUGGUUUAUAUCGCCCUCCUACGUGUACUGUAGAAUCCUUUACCGAGGAGUCCCGUAGAAUACUUGGAUGUUGCUAUCACUUGUCAUCGAAGUUUUCUAUGAUUCUAUCUAUCAACUCCUGUAACAUGCUCAGCACAUUCACCUUGUUCACGCUCGAGUUAAACAUUUGCCAAAGUGGUUCUCAUUCAUAUUGUAUCUGGUAAUAUUGCAAUCAACUUUGAAUCGCAACCAAAAGAUGUCCAUCACUGAAAUAUUCCUAUGGCAUGUCAAAAAUGCACACUUAAACAAGUCGAGGACCAUUUCAUACUUUUGAUACAUGAUAAAAUGCUAUGUUGAAGAUUUGAACUACUGCCUUGUCUUCCAUGUUUCAUAGAGUCAUGAACCUAUUUAAAUGUUGAAUUUGGGAAGAGUAUGUCAAAAUGGACUGCCUGAAGUGGUAACCUGUAACUACUGCAACAUUCAGGCAAGUGGCACACAAUUUGUUUUGACAAAGAAUUUGUAUGCAUAAAACACUAACACAGCACAUAACUACUAUAUUCCUUACUAGGUGUGAACAUGGCUGAAGUCUCUUAGAAAAACAAAAACAGAUAAUGACACACCAGGCAAAUAUGUAUGAGCCUUGGCCUCCUAUGCCUCAACUGCCUCCUGAUAAGGAGAGCAUAAUCUCCUUACCAUAUAAGUCACUAUGAUGGUUCCCGAACUCCAUUGGAAGUACUCCAUUUAAGAGAAGUUCUGUUUUCACCUUGUUCUGCUGGCUCCUCAUCAUGACUUAUGAAUAUAAAUUCACAAGUGUCCUUCUGAUUUUUUUUUUUUUGAAACUUAAGAAACACCUUGAGACUUUUUUUUUCUUGUGAAUUGCAAUGAAUGAGCACCAAAAAUCUGAAAAAAACCUAUCCAGAGAAAACUCUGAUUGUUCAUCACUUAUUAUUUUCUUUGAGACCAGAACUGGUAAGCUCUGGGACUUACAUUGGUACAAAGUGAAGAUAUGUACAUGUGGCAUAGUAUGUCAUAUAUAUUGACUAUGACAUCCAGCAGGUUAGGUGUGUAGGGUGGACCAGAAGCUGCCUUACUGAAAACAUUAUUGCUUCUAGUUAUUCUCUGUCUUGGUCAAUUCUAGCUUGGCCUUCUUAUAGGAGAAACCUGGCUGCAAGCCUGCAAGCUCAUCACUUGCUAUGCUCAGGGGCAGUUACCUGUCCACAGCAAGGCUGUUUCAAGCCUCCAGCAUUAUCUUCUCCAGUUUUUUGGUGCCAUCUCAAAAUACACACAAACCCACACAUAAACUCCAUCAGCAUGUAUAUAAGUGCUAAUUUAAGGACAUACUGUUGUAUGCACUAGUUCACAUGAUAGAUAUCUGGAACGUAUAAGGCUGAACAGGAGGAAAGAAGCACCAACCUGAUCAAUGGGGCGUGGGAGAGUAGAGCUCAAAAAGAUUGAAAAUCCGACAAACCGCCAAGUUACCUUCUCCAAGAGGAGGAUGGGGCUGCUCAAGAAAGCAAAUGAGCUGGCCAUUCUUUGUGAUGCACAAAUUGGGGUGAUUGUGUUCUCAGGCACUGGCAAGAUGUACGAGUACUCCAGCCCCCCUUGGAGGAUUGCAAAUAUCUUUGAUAGAUACCUGAAAGCCCCCAGCACCCGUUUUGAGGAGAUGGAUGUUCAGCAGAGAAUCAUCCAAGAGAUGACAAGAAUGAAGGAUGAGAACAACAGGCUUAGGAUCAUCAUGAGGCAGUAUAUGGGUGAUGACUUGGCUUCACUGACUCUGCAAGAUGUGAGUAAUCUUGAGCAGCAGAUUGAGUUUUCUCUGUACAAAGUUCGUCUAAGGAAGCAACAGCUACUUGAUCAGCAGCUGCUUGAGAUGCACAGCCGGGAGAUGCAAAUUCCAGGAGAUCAGAGCAACUAUCUGUGCCACAUGAACCUGAUUGGCGAGCAGGCCCAGGCACCUCUGAUGGUGAAUCCGAAGCCGUUCCCGCUGUGGGAUGUGGGUGGCAGCAGCCAGAUGUACAAUCAGGAUGCUGAGUCUUCCAUGACAGCGCUGCAGCUUUCACCUCAGCUUGAGUACAAGCUUCAGCCGCUGCAGCCCAACCUGCAGGAGGAGGCCAACCUCCAUGGCUACGUUCUUCGGCUGUGGUAA